UACCAGUCUCGUACAAUCAAGGAUGAAAUUUAUUGUAAAGUUUAGAAUAUAUAUUAGAAUCGUGCAAGCUUAUAUUUUAAAGUUCGUAUAAACUAAUAUUGCGUUUUGCAUUACUUAAGUUGUACUUUUCGAGAGUACAUUUUGCAGACACAGAUAUAGGAACGCAAUUCAAAUAAAAUAUAUAAACGCCUGUUUUACAAAAGUUUUCACUUGAAAAGAAAAAAAUAGCGACUCAAGUGGUGGCGAUUCUGAAAGUUUUGUUGUUGGUUUUGUUUGUUGAGUUGACCAGAUGUACAGAUCCAAACGUCUAUUGGUCGAUGGACAAGACGUUGGGGAACCAAAUUACACCAGACAUUGGGAAUGUGACGAUAUUUACUUUCAACACUGGAGGAUCAUUCGUGAACGGUUACAAUGGCAAUGCGUUACGUCUGUACCAAACAAGCGACACAUUCAAUGGAGUCGCGGCCGUCCCGGAUGAGUGCGUAUUCGAACCAGCCAACCAAUGCAAUGGAGGAUUAACAGUAGCCGCGUGGUUGCGACCGCAUGCGUGGGCUGCUGAUACAAUCGUUAUAACAACGGGUAAACCCCCCCUAUUGGUCCCCGGAUUCACCAUUUAUCCGCGAACGUCAAUAUUUCAACGAGAGAUAAUUGCUGACGUCAUAUCGUCCAGUGGCACCAGAUCCACUGCCACCAUUGAUAGAGAUCUUAUACCUUUGGACACGUGGACGCAUUUAACCAUGGUGUGGCAUGAAACAACUGGUAUAAAGAUGUACAUCAACGGCACCGAGCCAACAUACAUUGGCUCACCAGCGUCAUCUACCGUCAGCUUAUCAACCAGUUUAAACGAGCUAAAAUUCACAUUCGGCAGUUCGUUACAACAACUCGAUUUCGAUGAAGUAAAGUUAUGGUACAACCCACUAACCCCUACCCAAGUAAUGCGGGCGGUCACCAAUGUGCCAACAACAACAACAACAACAACAACAACAACAACAACUACAACAACAACACCAGCAACGACAAGAACAACAACAACACCCGCUACCACACGAACAACAACUAACUCAGGAAACAUAGUAAAGAUCUGCCCCAACACGGUGGCGAAGGUGCUUGCUUUAGCGUAUGCUGUGGGUGUUGUAUAAAGUGUGAAGACGAGGAGAUGAUUAGAUGUAGAAACUGGAAUAUUUUUUUGUUUUGCUUAUCUGAUUCAAC